CGCGCACUUUGCAAUUGAUUCAAAAUCACCUCAAUCGCACUUACCGUCUAUCAAAUUGGUCAAACGACUUACGAUUCACCUAACAACAUUCUCAUAUGACGAUGCCGUUCCUCCACCCCAUCACACGCACCCUGCGCACCACACGCACCCUCCGCACAUUCACCACCACCCGCCCGCUUGCCCAAGAGCUCAAGCGCGGCCCCGACAUGCGCUCCAACAAGCCCGACCAGAGUGCCAACUCGUCCGCGAAACCCAACGCCGACGCGCGCUCAAGCACACUCAACACCGACAAGCAGUCCAGCGCCUCCACGGAAGAGCACAAGAGCGGCGACGACCACCCUGCGAAGCAGCCAGACCAGCAGGCACAGCCGACGAGGAGCACGGGCAUAGGUGGUGGCGAGGAGGUGAAGGGUGGGAAGGAGGGUCAGGAUCAGAUUAGUAAGAGUGGGAAGAAGAACCUUGCUGGGCAAUAAGAGUUGUAGGGGAUUCUAGGAGGGAGGGAAAAGGAGG